AUAAAUUUGAUUUUAUUUGAAAAAGCAAACUUGUAUUUGAAUGGACAUUUUUAAUGAGAAAAGAUAAAUUUUCAUAAAUAGGCAAAAGCAUGGAAAUUCUUGGAAUAUGUCAUUUUAUUUUCAUGUUUGUUGUUUUCCGAGCCUCAGAUGCUAAAAUAUCUUUUCCGGAUGAAGAUUGCUCAACAACAUUUUCUCGUUGUCCCCCAAAUGAUAUCUGCAGCAUUACAUGCAAGGGUGAUUGUAUUAAAAAUGAAGGCUUUAUCUGGGGAACUGUAUUUUAUCCUUCUUUUUCAUCUGUAUGCAGAUCAGCUGCCCAUGAUUUUCGAAUAUCCUUUUGGAAUGCUUCAGAAAGAUUUGCUAUUUUCAAACAAAUGUCACCAAAAUGUGUAUUUCUUGGGUCUAAACAAAUGGGCAUUGAUUCUGAUAUUCAAACUUAUGUUGCGGAAGGAGUAUGUGCUGCAAUACCAAGUUUUCAAUUUAUCAGCCCAUACAUUUCAGAAAGUGUCUUAAAUAUUGCAUCUCUUCAUACAAACUAUCUAUUUGGAGAAAAUGACAGUCAUAUCCAAUCUUGUUUUUCUACAAAAAAUAAGACAGAUAUUAAGUUUGGCUUGUAUACAAGGAUAAACAAUGACAGGCCAACUACAAUACUUACUUUUAGAGAUAAUGUGAAAUGGUUGAAAACAGUUUGGAAAUCAGCAGUAAGAGGUAAUGGUAAGCUAAAUGCAGGAUAUCAGUGUUUUUCAGGAAACAAAAGAUUAUCCACAUUGACAUCUUUAGCAUUUAGAAAGGAUGCUUACUUUUAUCCUGUUAAAUUAACAGUUACUGUAAACUUGAAUGAAGAAGUUCGUUUGGAAAUGAUUCAGCGAGAAGUCUGCAAAGGUCAUUUUAUUUGGAGGAAGAAUGGUGAUCGUAAUCUUGUAGAUGUACCUUACAAUAAUACCCAUAUGUCUAUCAUUUUUCUGUCUGUUGAAGUUGGUCAUUCUGGUAUCUACAGUUUAGAGUGCAAUAAUUCUGAUAUCGAAAAAGCUGGAUUUGUACAACUUAUUGUCAGAGCAUGCCCUAAAGGAAAAUAUGGUAAUUUUUGCACUCAAAACUGUUCCGUAUGCCUCAAUGGUGGCAUAUGUCAUGAUUUGAAUGGAAAAUGCAUUUGUCCUCCAGGUUUUUAUGGUGCAACAUGUAAAGAAGUAUGUGCACCUGGAUCUUUUGGGGAAAAGUGUGAAAUGAACUGCAGUUUGGUUUCUACUUCUAAUGACCAGCUGUCAUGUAAAGAAGCUUUAAUUUGUCUACCUCAUCCAUAUGGCUGUUCUUGUGCUGCUGGCUUCACUGGGAUAUUUUGCAAUGAAACCUGUAAACCAGGCACCUUUGGAGCUGGAUGCAGUGAGACGCAUCACUGCCAUUGUGCCAAUGGAAAAAAUUGUAAUAUUUAUACUGGCUCUUGUGAUGAUGAGUGUGCUCCAAAUUGGUAUGGCGAAAAGUGUGAUUUCACACUUACAGAUGUGACUGGAUUGUCUUUUCAUGUAAUUUCAUCCUCUACUGUUAAUUUAACAUGGAGAUCUCUAUCUGAAUUGUAUUCAACUGCUCAUGUUCAAUACUAUAUCAUUACAUAUCAACGUAUUGGGUGGAGAUUUGUUUGCAACUCUUCUGGAGAGGAGAAAAUAUCACAGAAGAAUACAACUGAUACAACAUUUAUGCUACUUAAUUUAAAGCCAUUUGCCAUUUAUAAUGUGCAUGUCCGUGCUAAUAUCAUUUCUAAUUCCGAUUCUUUUAAUCAAAAUGGAAAAUCUGAAGUUAUAGUAGAAACAUCUGGUACAAUACCUCCACCUCCUGAAGAUUUCCAUAUUAAAUUAACUAUUUCUUCUACUAUAUUCCUUGUUUGGUCAUCAGCAUUUCCUCCUACUGGUUUUCUUGAUUAUUAUAAGGUCAUUUACAGAGAUCUAAGAACAAACUAUACUAAAGCUGAUACUUUAAAGAACACCUUAGAGGAUAAAUGCUGGAAUAAAAGUUUUGAAUAUUGUCAUGCGAUUAGGAAUUUGAUGCCAAGCCACAAAUAUGAAAUUCAGUUGAUUGCUUUCAAUAAAAAUGUCAGUACAGGAAGUGAAGCAGUUACCAUCACAGCUGAAACUGUACCUUCAGAUCCAGUUACAAAUUUUAAUAUCUCCAUUUUACAACACAGAAAAAAUGAGGCUACCAUUUUUAUAUCUCCUGGAAAUGCUAAUUCAAGUAUUUAUAGCUCCUUUUUGAUUGUAGUAGAUGUAAUGGAUGAACAUCACCAUCCAAACCAGAUUGACUUAUUGUCCGAGAUUCAUACCAAGUCAAGAUGCAUAACUCCUUCAUCUUAUAAACAUACCUAUAUUGCUGCUAAAAUUCAUAAUAUUCCAAAUGAUGGAAUGGUCUUCACUGUUGGAAACAAAAGUUGUUUCAAUGAUUAUUAUAACCAACCUUUGCAAAGUGGAAAGAUUUACAGAAUUGGAGUAGCUGCUAUAAUUUCAAUUUGUGGGGGGGAUUUCUACAGUGAUGUCAUUUUUGCUCCUAAAACUGUGUUUUUUGAAUCAUUAAAAGCAGAUGCACAUUCUGCACCCUUAAGUAUCGUAUUAGGAUUUGCACUGCCACUGCUUAUCAUUGUUGGAAUCUUGUUGGUACUGUUAUACUUAUGGAAAUCAAAAAGAUAUCAUAUACCUGUGAUGAAGAGGAAAUUUAUUCCAAAUAAAGGAUCAUCUGAAAGUAUAUUUGGUGUUAGCAAUGAAGCUUUGGAUGAAAUGGAAAUUAUUGAAACUGAGUCACUUUGUGAGGAUUUGUCAAACUGUAUACCCUUGGAAGAACUCCAUGAUUUCAUUAAACAGGGUGCCAGAAACAACAAAAUAAAGAAAGAAUUUCUGAGUCUUCCAAAGGGACAGUUAUAUCCAUGUGCUAUUGCAAAACUGCCUGAUAAUAAAUACAAAAAUAGAUACGGCAAUAUAUUGCCAUAUGAUCAUAGUCGAGUAAAACUGGAUGUAACUGAUGGUUCAGACUUUAUUCAUGCCAAUUACAUUGAUGGUUACAAGCAGACUCAAAAAUAUAUUGCCACUCAAGGUCCAAUGUAUAAUACAGUAACAGACUUUUGGUCUAUGAUUUGGAAAGAAAAGGUAUCAAAAAUUAUAAUGAUUGCAAAUAUAAUGGAAAAUGGGAAGUGUAAAUGUGAAAAGUAUUGGCCUGAUGAUGUUACUUCUUAUGGCGAUAUCAAAAUAACUCUGGAGAAAGAAGAAUCAUUUGCAGAUUUUGUAAUACGAACACUUAAUGUUUCAAAGGAUGAAAAAAACAGAGAAAUAAAGCACUUUCAUUUUGUUUCAUGGCCUGACCAUGAUGUUCCUCUGAAUACAACACCAUUUAUGAAUUUCUUAAAGAGAGUACGAAAUUAUAAUUCAUCCUGCAGUUCACCAGUAGUAAUUCAUUGUAGUGCAGGCAUUGGACGUACAGGAACUGUUAUUUUAUUUGAAAAUGCAUUCCAAAUGGGCAUUGAAGAAAAUCAAGUCGACCUCCUUGGCCAGUUGUGUUGCAUGCGGAAGCAACGCAUGAAUAUUGUUGAAAACUUUGAUCAGUAUAUUUUUGUGUAUCAAGCACUAGUGGAAGCAUUAUGUAUUGGAAAUACAACUAUAGCUUCUCAUAACUUUCUAAAAGAAUAUUCUGCAUUGGUAAAACCCAAUGAAGAAACAGAUGUGUCAACAAUUCAUGAUGAAUUUGAAAUGUUAAACGAUCUUCGAAGGCAGUUAAUACCCAAAGACAUUCAUUCAGCUUACAUGAUAAGUAAUCAAUCAAAAAAUAGAAGCAUGUAUAUUUUACCAAGUGACAGAACUCGACCACUUUUGGGGAAUACCUCUUAUGAUUCAGAUUACAUAAAUGCUGUUUUUAUUGAUAGCUACACAAAGAAAGAUGCAUUUGUUGCAACCCAGUAUCCUCUUCCAGAAACAGUUGUAGAUUUUUGGAGAAUGAUAUUUACAUUGAAAUCUGGAAUAAUCAUACUACUUCAAAAUAUCCCAUUUUCUGAUUCAGAAAAUCCCCGAUUUUGGCCUGAACAUGGUAGUCAACAUUUUGGAAGAUUCCUUGUGAAAUUUGAAUCUAUUAUUGAAGAAAAUGAUGUUGCGAUUAUUGGUCUCUUUGUAAAUGACACAGAAUCUGAGGAAAAGAAUUUACCUGUCUGUGUAAAGUUACUCCAAAUUAAAUCGUGGUCUGUUGAUUGUAAAUUGCCAUCUGACAUAUUAUCCAUUUUAGAAGCGGAGAAGUUCAUAAGUGCUUGUGAAAGUGAAUUAAGGAAUAAUGUAAUAGUCAUUACUUGUCUAGAUGGCGUAACAGCAUGUGGUGUAUUUUGUACAUUUUUGCACAUAAUUGAUCAAAUGAGAGUUGCGCAAGAGAUAAACAUAUUUCAAUCUGUGAAGUGCACAAGAACCAACAGAAUGCAGUUUAUUAACACUUUGGAGCAAUAUAAAUUUUUAUUUGAAUUGGUAAAAGCUUUUCUAGAAAUUAAGAGGGCUCCAGAAUGGAUUUAAAAAUCCACCACUAUUCUGAAGAGACUAUACUGCCUUAACAAAAUUUGUUAUGAUUCAUAUAUUAAGCAACCACCUCCUGUAACUAACAGUCGAAUCUUGAAAUAUAUAUUUAUACAAAACUAUUUUGCAUGAUUUAUGAUAAAUACUGUUUUCUAAUUCAUCCAGAUGAAAUAGAAGGCAAUAAAAAUGGCAAACUUA